CAUUUUCGACCCAUGGCAGAGGUCUCUUUUCCUCGCGAACGCAAGCACAGCGAAAUACAGAGAAAAGAAGCCUCUGCUAGCAGGGAAGCAUCUCAGCCAAACAAGAGACUAAAGCGAUGUGAUGAGACAGGUGACGAGCCAAGUUUUGAGAGGAAGAUUGGGCUACGAUCAACAAAAAGAGUGACAACACGAUAAUUAUCGACGCUCCAUAGAAACACGGCCACUCGAGGAUGAAUUACAAACCACACUAAUACUGAGGCGUGACAGCUGAGCCUAAAAGCAGAACGUUUUCUAACAUUAGAUGCCUAACUAGAGUGGAUAUCAAAGUGUGGAAAUUACUGUUCUUUCUGCCAUGAAACUCAACGAGAGAAGACGCAAGGAAAAGGGACUUGUAAACCCAACACGAGGAGAGCAAGACAAGACCAUGUUUGGACGCUGGAAACUCCAGAAAGAGGUUCUUUUAAGAGAUGAGAUAGGAAUUGGCUCAUGGCUAGAAUAUCAGCAAGGAAUGCGCAAAGAGUGGAAAAAACAGUGUCCUCUGGUGGAACUCUUUGAAAGAAGGAGAUACCUUGACGCAAUAAAAGAAAAAUCCGUAUCUGCAAAUUCUACACAAACUGACACAGCACAAGAUGGCACAACCAAAACAGAGAUAGAGGAAACAUCGAAUAGUGAGCCUACAGAAAGGUCACACACAGACAAGGAUGAUGACAGACAAAAUGUAGAAACAGAUAAAACUUGUAGCAUUCAAAACUUAGAAACAAACAAAUGUAGAUGCGGGGAAACCUUAGAAACAGACAAAAGAGAAGGCGGACAAAAUAAAGAUACAUCUAAGGCUAAUAACACUGAUGAGAAUAUGGAACUAGAUUCCGAAAUACACUUCCAAAAGCUAAACGAUAAAGAAGAAAAUGGAUUUGAAAAGGAUCAAGAAACUUCGCGCACAAAAUCACAGGCGAGCUCAUCUAAUUUGAGCUGUGCUAGAUCAAGGCGAGAGGCAAGUGGGAGAGAUUCGUCGGCGUCGAAUCUAUCCAAUAAAUCCAACCUAUCGAGGAGGCUUUUUACUCCCAACAUAACACCAAGGAAGGCAUCAGAUACGUCUCUAAGGCGCACCCAUGCACUACUUCUAUCUGAAGCUGAUACAGCUUCUACUAAAACCAAGUGGGAAAGCCAGUUUUUCUUCCAUUCUAAGGAUUUUAUUAGAGUUAAGCACGUCGAUCCUGUUUAUCAAGACUAUCUUACGAGAAUCAUGCGUUUUGAAGAGAAAUUGAGAAGGCAGACGGAUAGUAGGGUGAGUAAGAGCGUGCUUGAGAUGCGGCCUGGAAGAGCUGAAAAGGAGAGGACGUCUGAGACACUUCGCCCUGUUGCCACAACUAGCGUCGUGUUCACACAUGGAAUGAUACAGCCUGUUAACGAUCAAUUCGCACCAAACAAUGAUAAACACUUGCGUAAGCAGAAUAUUUGUAACAGGAGAAUACAGCUCCCGCCAUUACUAAGAGAAGACUGUAUGGAAAAAAGUAAAAUUAAGCUUAAGGGCAAAAAGAGCGCGAGCUCGAGCAGCUCCGAAGGGACGGCGAGAAGCGUCUGUGUAAAACAAAAAAGGGAGGAUCCAGAAACCAAACCCUUCACUUUAAAUCUAGGGGAUUUACAACAGAGUGGAGCAGAGCGUGGCACCAAGAAUGACUCGGUUACCGUUAAAAGUGAGAGACAGACGGUAGUGAGUGAAAAAAAAUUCAAUUUUGACAUUCUCGAGAAAUACGCGUUUGUCCGUAAUAUCAAGCGUGGUGACAGCUUCAAGGAAUACAUGAAAAGCAUACAGGAAAUUCGUCAGAGAUUUGGCCAGGAGCGCGCAAUGCUGGCAGCGUCCCCGAGCGAAGCAGUUUACAGGGAUAAGAAAAGACGCUCCAAGUACGACGGCGUGCCUAACGAGGAGUUAUCUUUCGAAAGCGUGCGCGCACUGUGGUACGAAGCACAAAGGCACAGGCUAGCGCGGCAAAUCUCAGUUCAGAAGAAUACCGGUCUCGCGUUAGGGCUGAAGGGAAAGAAUUACAUGGUGGUGACGGUGGACAGGAAUAGGUGUGCAUCCCACACAAGUGGGAAGCUAGGUGAGACAGCGACAAAAAGAACGAGAGAGAAUAGCGGCAGGAUGUCCCCGUAUUUUUGCCCCCGCCAGCGAACGAGAGAAGUGACGAAAAAGAAAAUAGAAACCAUCAAUUAUUUAAAAAGAGAUUCAGCACAAUAUGAGAAAGAAUCAAAAGAAAAGGAAGACGAGGGUCAGGGAGUUCUGGACAUAAAAAUAGGAGUCACAAUAGCCAACACUGGACUGCGUUACAGCAUCCCAGGGCGGUCAUCGUCUAGCCAUGAGUCCGGUCUAGGAGAAUAAUAUCUGUACAAUGCAGGUGAAACAGAGGGUCCAACAUGCACGGAAACGAGCACGCACAAGCAAACGCAGGUAAAAAAUACGGGAAUCAAGAAAACGAUGUCGAUAAGAAAAAUUUUUUUGUGUGGAAUUCGCGCAAAGUUUACAUGCUAUGAACAACUUAAGUCUUAUACCACAGGCUUAUUCUCAGUGAAUUUUCUCGAACCCACUUGACUUGUUUGUUCACUAAUUUCGGCAUGUGUCUUGAGUGUUUUCACUGAUGUGCUUGAUAGCACAGGAAAACAUAAAAAAAAUGCAUCAAAAGGCUGAAAGGUUAGGUGUUGGCAAGCCAAAAGCAAAAUGACAAAAACCUUGAAUUGAGAAACUAAAAGAAAUCUCGUUUUUGGCGAUCAAUAGAUUAGCUCGAAUCUUUAUGUACCAAGGACCUUGGAACUGUUUUGCUAAAAUUUGCGCUCAGAUGAGGAUAUUUCACGCUUUUUUGCCUUAGCUCUGUGCGUGACCAAUCGCGUCAUAGCGUGACCAUGUCACAGCCUCGCAUUUUUGCACUUAAACGUAAACAAUCACUCCCGCGAGAAUCACGAGUUAUAUCAGUUUAUGCAAGCAUUAUCUUCGGCUGAAUCGUGCGGAAUUUUCUGUAGUUGAAAAGAUUAAGCUUUGCAAAGAUAAAAACGGCAGCACCAAGAAACAUAACGCUUUCCGUGUUACAAAAGUCUAUGCUGAGCCUUACAUUGAUGCUGUUCCACCAAUCAAAAUCCGCCAAUCAAAACGUGACGUCUACUUACUUCUGAUGUUUGAGGAGUUGUGGAAAUUCCUGCGAAAUCUGACUAAAAACUUAUCCGGACAGAAAGAGCGUGGAAAUACAGUUGCUAUUUAUAUCAAGAACCUUGAGGUUGUAGUUUUCCUAUAGAGGAAACGUUAAUUAAUGUGUAUUUGUAAUCGUAACAAAAGACUUUAUUGAACCUGUCACUGUGCGGUUUGAAAUCCGCGGCAAGUCAUGUAAACAAUCCGCGAAAAUAAAUUAAAAAUUUAAUUUUAGCCAAA